AUGCCUGGACUUGACUCGCUGAAGGACGUGGCAUUGCGCCCAUGGCCGACGGACAAGGACGACGAAUCCAGCAGAGAUGUAGUACUACAGAAAAUCGAGCAGCUCGCAGCGGAGCGUGGCCAUUUGCGCAAUAUAACAGAGCAGUCGCUACAGGCUGAAAUUGACGCCGGGAAAGAUGCGCUUGACGACGCGAAAGACAGCUCAGAAGGCGGCGACGAGGAGAAGAAGCCCCUGACGUUCGAGGAGAGGAGGGACGAGAUAAUCAAGAUGCAGUGGGAGAUGUCUACUCACCUGGAGUUCGCCAGGUUUUCCGCUGCCAAUGCGCUCGAUCUCAUCUCCCUGGUCCUGUCUGCCGACCCGAACAAACGCGCGCCCUCGUCCUUCAGUCAAACAUUCCGUACAGAGGGUCUCGACAAAGGGCUUCCUUUCGGGUCUAUGGGUCUCGCUAGGGAGGACCAUAAAUUCGACGUUGUGCGAGCACCUGAGCAGCAGAGAAGAGACGAGCAGCAAAAGAGGCAGGAUCUUGUGGCUAAAGCUGCUAGGCUGGAAGCGCUCGAUGCUGCGACCGAUGAGAUUCUGAAGGCGGCGAAGAACUUGGAGAAGGAGGUGCGCAAAGAGACAAAGUAUUGGCAGGAGAUUGUGUCCAUCUCAGACAAGGGUUGGCCCAUACACCGAACGCGUUCAGACAAGCUCCCUGCGCCUUUUGCUGUACGCUAUGGGUUUCCAGAAGCCAGCCCUCACUUCAAAGCCCGUGGCUCCGCGCCGUUGCGAAUGGACAACGACGGCGGCAUCGUACUCGAUCCGAAUCUUGCUUUGAAACCGAAAACACUGCGCAUAAGAGUCAUCGAGGGCGGAGAAAUCACCGGAUCGUCACAGCGUCCAGUAGAAACCACAGGGGAAGGACUCGCCGUCGAGAAGUCCAUUCGGCUGGCAAGAGAUUCGCUGCUGGAAGAAGAAUUGUUUCACGAGAUGGGCUUAGAGACACGGCAGCUACUCCCCUACGGCGUUCGAUUACGAGAUUCUGUCAUCACUGUAGACGCGCCGGGAACGGACACUUCAGUGCGGCAGCUCCUCAUCGACUGCAUACCUCGCGAAGACAAGAUCCCAGAGAGAAAGGACCACACCUACGAUUGGCUCGCGCAAGCGACUGCCGAAGCUUUGAGACUCUUGUUGACCCAUGAGCAUAGCAUGCGAUUGUACCGUCGUACUCAGCUUCCGCCUCCGUUGACGUCACGGCAACCAGAGAAAAAGUCGCCUCCGCUUUUGCGUACUCUGCUCGCGAUGCUUCACCACCUGCAUAAUGUGGACUCAUUGUUCAGCUAUCUGAGCACAGUAUCGAACACGCUGAGCAGCGCUGGUCUUGAGGCACCGUUAGAGACGAGUCGCGAGGAGUCAUUUGUCAGACUGCGUGACAGUCUUGGAAAGUCUAUCAACAAGGAUCUCUCCGCGACGGAUCAGCUCUUGGACAUGUUCACGAAACCGCUCACAGGCAUAGCCACCUUGACUCUGCCAUCAGGUGCGGGCUCGCAAACCGAACAGCUCUUAAUCGCGAUACGCACCGUCAUCGGCGCACCUACAUUCGGCACCGAAUACAAGCUCACGCUUCCAUCGUCGCUCGCGACAGACCUGGGCCUCUCAACGGAGAACAGGUUCCAGACUACGGCGGACAUCGUGUCAUAUCUUGACUGGGUCCUGUCGCUGCACGUAGCGCACCGAGUUCUCAGAAACGAAUACACCGAUCGGGCAGCUGUCAGAAGUAAUGAGGCCAGGGUCACGAUUGCCAGCAAGAGCAGCAAAAAGGGGCCCCCUGCAAAACAUAAUAUCACGGUCGAGCUGAGAGAAGGCCUGCUGGCAUUGCAUCUAAGUAAUCCUCAGGAGCCUUCACAGGAAUCGCACUCUUGGACUGGUAAGGGCGACGUAGUGCCGCUCAAAGAAAAGGUCCAGAGCUGGGUUGGAUGA